GGCGAUUGUUUUGUCUGAUUCAAAACUAGGCAAAGUGCGGGCGAGGAACGUGGUUGGUUUGCGACGUUGUCCGCUCAAGUUACGUGUUCUGUGCCGAACAUUUACUAGAAUAGCUUUAUGCGACGUGACACCUGAGUUUCUCUGUGCGGUGUGUUUAGUUUUGCGCUCAAGGAACGAACUGCAGAACUGAAAGUUUAGUAUUCAGUUUUUUUUUUUACUCUGACUGGAGUGGCGUGUUCACGUAGAGACGAGUGUGUUUGGAUUGCCCUGGAAGUGUUUGCACGUGUUUAACACAGCUUUACGUCGUCUGCUGGCCAGAGAUCGUGUGAAAAGGUAGGCUUGUAAUAGCGAGCGCAACAACUGGGGAACUUUUGAAAGUGAAAUCAAGGGUAAACAUUGGUUCCCGCAGAAAUCUGUGUUUUAUUAUUUUUUUAUUUGAAUUAAGCUGCAUUAAUUUAUUUUGUCUGUUUUUGUUCUAAAUAAGUUAGGUGACGAGAUCUUUUUCUGUUUCCGAACGUUGUCGUGGCAAUACAUCACAUUCGUCGCCAACUGGUAUUUGAAUGUAAAAUAAGGUCAGGGAAGAAGGUGUUUUUUUUUUACUGCUCUGCCCGCUGUGACGUGACUUGGGCCCGUGACCUUAUUGAAACUUGGCAUUUAUUUUACACGUCACGCGUUUAGGCAAGUCAUUAAGUGAGUUUUUUCCCCCAGUGUGAAGAAAGUUUGUGGCAAAACAACUUGUCACUGCAACAGCACCAUUGCAUCGUGCUCGUGCGUGUAUUUUUUAACCUGUUUCACCCAGUACGUGGGCUGAACACCGAAAAAGCUAUAAAAAGGACCAAACAGCGGCCAACAACCUGAUACGGACGUAUACACAUGGUGGGAGCGGAGUGGCGGGCCCCGUGACCCCGCCAUGCUCGCCGGGCCGCCCCGACUGCUGGGUCUGUGCAGCGUGCUGGCCGUGCUGCUGCGACUGGCGGUCGUGGCGGUCCCCACCAACAUCACCGUCGGCUACCUCAUGACGGGCAAGGGCCAGGUCAUCGACCGCCAGGGACUCGCCGUCGCCGGGGCCAUCACGCUGGCGCUCGACGAGAUCAACCGCAGCAACGACACGCUGCCGUGGGUGCAGCUGCAGCUGGAGUGGGCGGACACACACGGCGACCAGGUGGUGUCGACGGGCAAGGUGGUCGAGAUGCUGUGCGACGGCGUGUCUGUGUUCUUCGGGCCGGAGGGCACCUGCAACGUGGAGGCCAUCGUCAGCCAGUCGCAGAACGUGCCCAUGAUCAGCUACAAAUGCUCCGAGGCGGAGGUGUCAAAGAUACCGACGUUCGCGCGCACCGAGCCACCGGACACCCAGGUGACCAACUCGUUGAUCUCGCUGCUGCGCUACUACAACUGGAACACCUUCUCCGUCAUCACGGACCAGCGGUGGCUGCCGGUGGCGUACGCCCUUCGCGAGAAGGCCCUCAACAACAGCAUGGCGGUCAGCCACCUGAAGACGGUCGUCGACAAGCACACCUGCUGCGAGCAGAAGCACGCGUGCUGCCAGAGCGGCUUCUGGUACGAGGUCAUUAAAGAAACUCAGAAUAGAACGAGAAUUUAUAUAUUUCUUGGCUCAAAAAGUUCUCUUAUUGACUUGAUGCAGUCAAUGCAAGCCUCGCAGCUGUUUGACCACGGAGAGUACAUGGUCAUCCAUGUCGAUAUGAUCUCAUAUACACCUAAAGAGGCGCUGCGUUAUUUGUGGAAUCCUGAUUUUCUGGUAGCGGACUACAAUUGCCUUGCGGAUCCAAACUUUUUGAAGCGUGCGAGGUCGCUUCUUGUGGUUGUGUCUUCGCCUCCAGUUCAGAGCUACGAAAACUUCACAAGUAGUGUGCGCCAUUACACCACUCAACCGCCUUUCAACUUCCCUCUUCCUCCACUGUUUAUCCACAGUAGCUUCCAAAAGUUUAUUUCUGUUUAUGCUGCGUACCUCUAUGACUCUGUGAAACUGUAUGCAAAUACUUUGCAUAGCAUUCUUUCCAAUUACACUGAUGAAGAACGGACAGAAGACUUAAUCAGGAGUGUCGCAAGAAAUGGUACGCUUAUUAUUGGGACUAUGAAAGGUCAAACGUAUGAAAGUAUUACUGGAGCCACAAUCAAGUUAGAUAAAAAUGGGGACUCAGAAGGAAACUUCUCAGUGUUGGCGAUUCAAAAGUAUAAUUACACUGAUCCCGGAAAAUUCCAGUGUAUGUAUCACAUGGUCCCUGUAGCCAGCUUUCGCCGUGUUAAAGGAGUUGAUAACAUUGACUACCAGCUGAUCUCUCCGAACCACAUCUGGUGGCCCGGGGGCGGCAAGCCCGACGCGGAGCCGAGCUGCGGCUUCGACAACGAGCACUGCCAGUCCAACUCGCUGCACAACAGCAUCGUGGCGGCCGCCGUGCUGAGCGGCGUGCUGCUGAUAGCCUCCCUGACCACGCUCAGCGUGUACCGCAAGUGGAAGGUGGAGCAGGAGAUAGCGGGGCUGCUGUGGAAGAUAGACCCCCAGGAUCUCAGGGGCUAUCUCAGCAAUGACAUAGUCACGUCGCCAAGUAAGACGAGCUUGCUGAGUGCCAUGUCCUGCGAGUCGAGAGCCGGGCCCCAGGUGUUCGCAGCAACGGGGCUGUACAAGGGCGUCACCGUCCGCAUCAAGGAGCUCAAGUUCCCCAAGAAGAAGGACAUGAGCCGUGACGUGAUGAAGGAGAUGCGGAUACUGAGGGACAUUAGACACGACAACAUCAACUCCUUCAUCGGAGCUUGCCUCGAGCCCAUGAGGGUGCUAAUCAUCACAGAUUACUGUGCCAAAGGCAGUCUUUACGACAUUAUAGAAAAUGACGACAUUAAAUUAGACCACAUGUUCAUCGCAUCUUUAGUUCACGAUCUCAUUAAGGGCAUGAUAUUCAUCCACAACUCUGCCCUAUCGUACCACGGGAACCUGAAGUCAUCAAACUGCGUGGUGACCAGCCGCUGGGUUCUGCAGGUCACCGACUUUGGGCUGCACGACCUCCGCCACUGCGCAGAGAGCGACAGCGUUGGAGACUUCGAGAUAUAUAGAAAUUUGUUAUGGAAAGCUCCUGAGCUGCUUAGGGAUUCUGCCACACCCAUCUAUGGCUCUCAAAAAGCAGAUGUGUAUGCAUUCGCCAUCAUCUUGUAUGAAAUCAUUGGUCGUCGUGGACCAUUUGGUACAUAUCAGGAUGAAGACAGUUAUCGUUUCUCUCCCAAAGAAAUAGUGGAUAAAGUGAAGCAAGGUCCUGCCGUUGGCGAGGAGGCUUUUCGACCAGAUGUAGGACUCUUGAAGGACAUGGACGUCAAGUGUCCCGACUACGUGGUGAGUUGCAUGCAGGACUGCUGGGCGGAGAGCCCCGACGCGAGGCCCGAGUUCAGCAGCAUACGCAGCAGGCUCAAGAAAAUGAGGGAGGGAAUGCACCACAACAUAAUGGACCAAAUGAUGGACAUGAUGGAAAAGUACGCAAAUCACCUGGAAGACCUCGUUGGUGAACGGACGCGUCUGCUGUACGAGGAGAAGCUGAAGACAGAGGACCUCUUGCACCGCAUGCUGCCCGCGCCGGUAGCGGAGCAGCUGACCAAAGGAAUCGGCGUGGAGCCGGAGUCGUUUGACUUGGUCACCAUUUAUUUCAGUGACAUCGUGGGCUUCACUGCAAUGUCAGCGGAAAGCACGCCGCUGCAGGUGGUAAAUUUUCUCAACGAUCUCUACACACUGUUUGAUCGAAUCAUUAAAGGUUAUGAUGUGUAUAAAGUUGAAACAAUUGGAGAUGCCUACAUGGUGGUAUCAGGACUCCCAAUAGUAAAUGGGGACCGCCAUGCUGGUGAAAUAGCAUCCAUGUCUCUAGAACUGCUAGAAGCUGUUAAAGCACAUCGCAUUGCUCAUCGUCCAAAUGAUGUGUUGAAGCUAAGGAUUGGAAUCCACACAGGCCCUGUGGUAGCCGGGGUGGUGGGCCUCACCAUGCCUCGGUACUGUCUGUUCGGUGACACGGUGAACACAGCGUCGCGCAUGGAGUCGAAUGGGGAGCCCCUCAGGAUACACAUUAGUGCCCAGUGCAAGGCUGCGCUGGAUAAGAUUGGCGGCUACGUGACCGAGGACAGGGGCCUGGUCUACAUGAAGGGCAAAGGAGAGGUGCGCACGUACUGGCUGACCAGUGCCACGGACACUGCCAUUCAGAAGAGAGAGGUUGACCUGACAGAGCUGCCGCCUCUGUUCUGCCGACCCCGUCGCAGCCCCAAGAUGAACACCGACUCCAGACAGGCGUCGAUAUGCGGCAGCAUCGCUCUGGGCGCCGGCAGUCGUCGGCAGUCCAGCAUACCGCGUGGCGCCAGCGUGGAUGUCGACAGCAACUCGUCGCACGGCGUCGUCGUGGCGCUGAACAACUUCAUCAACUCUAGUCCGGCAGGCCGCGCCCAUAAACUGGUGGAGCGUCCGCCGCUUUAUUUGGCAGACAGUGCAUCCAAAACAACUCUGAACGCAGGUGGUACAAAUACCUUGAGUGGUAGUCAGCAGUUGAGGUUCAGUCGGGACGAGGACUCUGCUGGGGAACCGGCAUCGUCUGUAGCAUCCUCUGCGGGAGAUGAAUACGGAGAUAUUAAUACCAGUAACACCCUUCCUCGCUCCAAAAGAGGCUCUAGGUCCCUCGAUCCAUUCCCUGACAUCAGUGGUAAGCAUCUUGAGAUACCUCGGAUCUCAUUGCAAGUGCCAAAGAGGAGCUCGCGGUCGCUGGAGAGCUGCAUGAGCCCGAACUCUCGCAGAACAUCACCCACAAACCUUCUUCUCGUCGAUAACGUUCAGGCAGAAAGUAACUAUCCGAACGGUGAUGUACUGUUGAUCCAAAACAACGAAGCUGGUUUAGGGAGUAGUGGAGAAGAUAUACAGACACCAUUGCUGAGUGAUGUGAAUGAUGUUUUAAUAGUGAACUGUCAUAAGAGACGAGGCCGAAGCGGUGAGGAAGCAUCAUCAGAACCUCUUCCUGCGAAGAAGUGGCGCUCGAUGGAGGCGGUGGUCCCGACGACUGAGUCAUCACCGAGUGCCACGAACAAUGGCAAAAAAAUACUCCGUAGUUGGUUUGUAGGCUGGUUUAAUGUGAACGGCCUUCGGAAAAGUGAUGCUUCUUUGCGGAAAGGUAUCCAUGCUGGGUAUAGUGAUUUACAGUCGGAUAAGGAAAGUAUUGUAUAAAACUUACAACUUGAAACUAGUAGUGCACUGAUUUGAAUACUGAUCAGUUAUAAUGUUUCAUUUUUAUUAAUUGGUCAUAAUCAGCCAUUAUACAAAAUAUUUUUAUAGACUAUCGUGAUUAUGGUUUUUUGUACUAUUUAUGGAAACUGUAGCAUAAACAAUUAUUCUUUUGGUUUACUUCCCUGCAAAAGUAAGUGGGCAUUAACAAGUUCGUUAACAUCACUGUAGAGUGUACUGUAAUUUAAAACACUUUAUAGCAAUGUUUUCAUCUUGCACAUUCAUUGUGACAUAGUAUUCAGACACAAAAAGAUCAUAAAUUACAUGAUCCCUAUUUAUGGCCUUAUUUAAUUUUAAGUCAAAAAUGUUGAAGUGUGAGCAUAUUUUUUCACUAUUGUCUUUAGUUACGCAUUACCAAAAUAGGGUCGAAUACUGAGGGUGCAGGUGGCAGGGGCAAUUAUUCCAUGGAUCCAAGGGAACCGUCACUUCCCCUAAUUUCAGGAGGGAAAAAAUUCCUUUUUUUAUUAAAUUCUAAAUGUGUUGUAUGAAUAUACUAUUUCAGUAGAAUUAAUAGUUUUCCAACGAGCACUCUUAAGUUUUCAAGACAGCAUUGUUUCAUCAGUCGGCUCUUAAAUUCUGCAAUUCAUUGUCUGCUGCCCGCUUCUUUCACUGAAGCUCAUUGCUCGGCUAUCUUUGCAUACACUGAUUGUACCUGAAGCCAUGUGGCCGUAGUAGGGAACCAAACCCAGUGCUCUGCUUUCCUUGCACCAACAAUAAAAGCAUAAAAGCAUGUGUAUUAUGAACUAAUACGUCAUUAAAAUCUAGCCUGAUGUAAAAAACUUUGACUUUAUAGAAAUUUAUUACAGCAAAUGUCUUAAGAUACUCAAUAUACAAAGUAGAUUGUUGAAAAGUAGUUAAAAGGUUAACUCGUCUCUAGGCGAGUCUAGGCACAUCAUUUUUUAUUGUCAUUUUAAAUUAUGAAGAGUGAUAUAGGUUAACAAGGUUAUGUAUCUUAAAACUCUAACCGCGUUUACCUUUGUGAAAAUUCCUGAUACUAAAAAUGUUGAUUCCCCUACUUUGACAACCAUCCUUUGCCCCCAGCAGUUGAAAAUUAUAUAAACCUAAGAUUUUACAAUUUUUGCUUGUGCUUGGGUGGUGCCAAAACUAAUAACAAAUGCCAAAUGAUUAAAAGCAAUAACAUUCUAUGUUGAGACGUAUUUAAUUAAAAUAGAACUUGUCUCGGUAGUUUAUUUGGAACUUUGAAGCUUUUUGUAAAAUUUCAACAUUUAACUAUGAACUAGAGAGAGUAGGAAUUAUUUUAAUGAUUUCAAUUUUAACUAAGUGCUUGAUAAAAUGUAUCAAAACCUUUUUUCAUAAAAAAAAUAUAUUAUUCACCCUGAAUAGUUCAGUUUUUAAAACUAUGCGAGUAAUAAAUUGAACAACCUACCUGCACGAACAUAUAAUGUUUCACAUUAUCAUUCUGAUAUUCUUUUUUGACAUAAAUUAGCUACCAGGAUUUGGCAUUUUGAAGUCAGACUUCUUGAUGAAUUUAAAACUGAACUUUAUUAGUUAACAUGUUAUGUUACACAUUUCCUGAAUGUAGUUUAAUUUAUUGUUGUGGCAUGCUGUGGCAGGCAAACAGACUUAAAGGUUUUCAGAUCAUGAAUACUUGAUUGUAACUAAUCAGUACGUCAAUUUAGUGCACCACUAAUUGCAUAAUUUAAAUUUCAACAUCUUAAAAUCUAUGCAUAAACCAAAAAUAUUUUUAUAUUAUAUUUUUGUGAAAGUUUGCAUGUGAAGUGAAUGUUGGGAUGUAUUGAGUGUUUUGAUAAGUACUACCUUUAAUUGUGCCAAUUUGUGAUAAGUUCAAUUUAUUUUGCCAACUGUGGUACUGGCUGUUUGUUUUGUACGUACUCUAAAAGAAAAUGAAAAGGUUUCUUGCUUAAAAGAUGAUAAACAAGCAAAGUUUGCUUGUAUGGCUGUGAAAUGAUAAUAUUUUGUUGAAAUAUUAUGGUGCCAAGUAGAUUAAUAUUAUUGUGUAAUAUACAUAGUUUAUUGUUUUGUAAAUAAUUUGUAUUUUGUGUCCAUAUAGAAUUGUAUGUAUGUUGCCAACUGUCAAAAAUUACCUCUAUAAAGUGAAAAUGAUACUGUAAA